AUGGCACUGUCCCUCAUCUUCCUGUCAAGCUUGCUCAGGGCCCACGGCAACAAGUUCUUUUCUGCUGUGCCGACGGACCCUGUGCUUGAUGGGUGCAGUCUUCCAGUCAAUGACGAAUGGUGUACGAAGCUGGUGGCUCUGUGGGACUGUGCCACGCCUUGGAAUGCCAAAUGCCCACAAACUGACCAUCCAAUGGGCGCGGCACACAAUGCAGACACCCUGCAGCAGAAUUGCCUUGCGCAAUGCCAGCAUGCCGUUGUAGAACAUCAUCCGGAAGCUCCCGUAGUGGAUGAUCAGCAAGCGUUGCGCGAAGUGGUUGAGAAGAUGAGUGGUGUGAUAGGAGCCAUCCAACAACGGGCCAAGGAGGCUGAAGACGCUGGCAACCAGGAGAAGGCCCAAAACCUCCAAGUGGUGGCAGAAGAGGAGGUCUUCAUCCAGCUGCAGGGUGUUGCAGGUUUCUCCUCUGAUCCUCAAGAAGCACAAGCCAGUGAGACGGCAGCUCGCCAGGCCGCUGAGGAGGUGGUGGAGGCCGACUUUAACGCUGAGACUAAUCACAUCUUCAGCGGCGUGAAGAUUGAUGAGGCGAUGGUCCAGCACUACCACGACUCGAUUGAAACCUUGGGCAUUGAGUGCGGGGAUGUGGCAGAGGCCACGGAACUCGCAGAUGCCGAGUCCGAGACGCUGCAAAAGGCCACGAACCACGCACAUCCUACCAAGUUCCAAGCAAACCAAGGCUUGGACACAGCAGGCUACAUGGAGAAUCAGUGCAGUGAGGACACGCUGAACCUGAACUUCUUCGUGGGAAAGCUGGUGACAGCUGAUCAUCUGCAUGGUGGCAGUUCUUUCUUGAUGGAAGCCUACUCCUCCCGAAUGCACCAGGUGUCGCACCAGUUGGAGUUCCAUGCUAAAGCUGCCUUGGCCUUGCAUGACGACGACAAUGGCUUGGCGCAUCACUUUGUGGAUCACCUGCGUCACCAGGACAAUGCACGCAGGGCGGCGGCGGGGGAGGAUCACACUUUGCACCUGAAGACCACAGUUCAUGGGAAGCUGCACGAGGCAGCCCGGUCGAACAUCACCGACAAGCAGCGAGCUCGUCUGCACAAGCUUGAUGAGAAACACCAUGAAGCCAUAUAUGGGGAGAGCAAGGAGUCCAUGUGUGCGAACCACGCCGAAAGGUUGCAGACACUACCAGAGGACUCGCCGCUCAAGGGUCCCGUUGUCAAGGACUACGUGGAUUGCUUGUGUGACAGCAACGAGCCAUCCAUUGUGUGCCAGGCUAAGCACGGGCAGGCUGUGAAGAAGGUCACCCAGCACAUCGCAGACCAUUUCGCCAACGCCGGGCAAAUGAUGGACGACGAAAUCAAGCAAGAUAUGCAACAGAUGGUGGCCAGGUCUGGCAUUCCGUCUCAAGCUACUUUUGAGAAUGUCUCCCAUGUUGGCCUUGCCAGGGAGGAUGCAGUUACCAUCGGGAAAUGCAAGACUUUUGUCUCCUGUAAGUUCUGUGUGGCCGGCGUUUGCUAUCAAGCGCCUUUUCCGAAGGACACCUAUUCUUAUAUCAAAGGAUUUUUCGGCCGGGCUAUUAUGACCAAGCCGCCAUGCAUCAGCGGAGACUGCAGCCUAUGCAUGGCACUCUAUCCACCUCUGGAGCCAGUUCAGUUCAACUUACUGGUGGUCAGAAGGGAAUGA